AACACGGGGAACACGGGUCUAAACACAGCUAAACAUCGACGAAAUUGCCCUGAAAUUGCGGUCACUAGCAGUUGACAUCAGAACUUUUUUUUUCGAGAAAAUUUUGUUAUUUAAAAAUAUCAGUGAUGGAAAAUAUUGGCAAAUAAGGGUCUUAUGAGCGCUUGCCGAUUGGCUCUUAUAUUUUAGAUGCGGUUGGCAGAAAUCCUAGACAAUAUGAGAAUAUAAUAUAUUAUAUUCAUAUUGACAGACAUGUUCAAAGGACGAAAAAGGGUUUUAUUAUGUUUUCUCAUUUUGUCAAUAUGGAUAUUUAUGAUAAUUGCAGGUAUGUACAAAUAUAUGGGUGUAGAGAUGAUGCACUCUGAGAACAGUUUUUUAUUUACGGAUAACUCAAGAACCAAUAUGGUGAGAAGUAAAUAUUUGAACGAAAUAUUCAAAUCCUGUACUGACUUCAGUGAUAUUGUUGCUAAAAGUGAAGGUGGCAGAUAUGAAGAUUUUAUAUUAAAGGGUGUUAUUGUCUUAUCUCGUCAUGGUGAUCGUGGUCCGUUGAGCUAUGUCCAUGGAAUUGAAAGUGUAGAUUGUGGUGUUAAGGAUCCGCUGCUAACAAUAUAUAUGGAAUUUUUAACAAAUUGGACACAUACUUUAUGGCCUCAACCAGGAGCAUUUCAUAGCUUUCCACUGUUGCCUUCAAGUAUAACUUCUUGUCAACUUGGGCAGCUUACUUUUAAAGGUAUCACACAGCAUUUAAAACUAGGAAAAGUUUUGAAUGAUGUUUAUGGUAAAGUGCUUUUUUCAUCUAAUUCUAAUGAAAUCAAAGGAUCGACAUUCACAGCAGAUGAUAUACUUGUUGUUAGCACAAAGUAUCGACGUACCUUCCAAUCAGCAAUGGCAUUGAUGUUCAACAUAGUACCAAAUCAUGUUUGGACUCAUUUGAAUGUCAAAGAGAGUUUGAGCAUAUCCUUUUGCUUUAUUGAUUGUGCUUGUCCGUCAUCUGAUUAUUACAAAAAGCUACUGGCACUUGAACUGAAGAAAAAUUUUCAAAAUCAGCCUCAUAUGCAAAAGAUCGUGAAACUUUUAAGUUAUACUCUGAUUGAUUCUAAAGAUGCCAGCGUCUCAGAUUUAAGAGAUGCUUUGUUAUCAUUCUUAUGUCACAAAGCUUCAUUGCCAUGUAAAAAUUUUGUACAAUCCAAUUGGAAUAAUUUGAGAAUGUCGCACCAACGAUCACUUCAAACCAUGGAUCCUAAGUUAUCCAAUUAUAUAAUUAACAUUGAUCAAGAUGACAAACCUAAGGGGGUAGAAGCUUACGAUGAUUUAACGGAUGUUUACAAUAAUAGCUAUGAAAAUGAUGACACAGAAAAAUGCAUUAAUCCUGAACAUGUCUCUAUGUUGUUUAGCUACCUAUAUGAAGAUAAAAAACGUCAACUACAGAGCCUAAAUAAUAACAUAAUUUCUAUCUUAAAAGCUUAUGGUUUGAUAAAAAAUAUUGUCCAAAAGAUGUUAGCCAUUGUGUCAAAUAACAAACCGAAGCUGAUAGUUUAUUCUGGUCAUGACAAAACAUUGCAAUAUUUGGCUACAGCUCUGGGAUUUGGAGAUGAUAUUUUAUUUGUUCCUUAUGCCUCACGUAUUAUUUUUGAAACAUAUCUUCGAAGGCAAUCUAAUGUUGAUAUUUAUUCCGAUGUUUUGCCUAAAGAGUAUUAUUUCCGUAUAUUAUAUAAUGGUGAAGAUGUAACAAAGAAGUUGAUAUUCUGCAGAGGGGACAAGAGUACUAUGAAUAGACGACAGGAUUCAAAAGGUCAGAGCCGAGAGUCAUACUUUUGUCCAAUAGAAUACAUUGUCAGGUACAUACAUGAUGACUACUUUGUGUCACUGAAUAGUACAAAUUAUAAAGAUGCCUGUAUGGGACAUUCUUAGAAUAUCUAGUCAGUUGUCACAGUUUUUUUUGUUGACAAAGAUGAACUUUUAUUAGUUUAUCAUGUUGAAAAUCAUAUUGAAUGUUGUAUUUCAAACUUGGGGACAGCACCAAAAGAAUAGUACGUUGGGCAGAGUCUGACGAUUGGUGAAUGGACUACUGUACAUUUUAAUAUUAACCAUGUCCACUGUUGUAUAAGCAGUCUAGUUAAAAUAUACUGUGUGAGGACAAGAGCCAGUAGGCAAGCUGGUCUUAAACAGGUUAAAUGUUAAAAUGUGAUAUAAGUGGAUUCUUUUUAUAGUAAGUUUGAAGAUGUAUUUAAAUAAAUGCAAUUUAGUAUA